CCGGCGUGACGGAGUGAAGGGGGUGCCUUUCGCUUGCGGGUAGUCUACUUCGCAGGGGCUGGUGGCGGGGCGUAGUGUACCGGUUUUUCAUUGGAGGCGCGCCCUGGGCCGACGCGGCGUGGCCUUUGGCCCCGGCGUGACGGAGUGAAAGGGGGUGCCUUUCGCUGGCGCAAAAAAUGUCAAGAGUGGGAUUCGAACCCACGAUCCCAUACUGGGAAGCAGACGUGAGUCUACCGCCUUAACCACUCGGCCAUCCUGACAUCUUAUGCUUAGGCCUUACGUGGUCCGGUCUGAUGGCAUUGUACAGUAUAUUGAGUAUGUGCCUUCCACGGUUGGGUCACACAGGUGCAGCCUCUUGGUUUCCCAGAGCCCGGGUGCUACCAGAAAGUAAUCACUUGUCUGCAUUGUUUUUUUUUUUUGUUUCUUUUUCGUGCGAUGCGCUACCUAUGGGGGAGGAGUUUUGCCAAAGUCACAGGUGUUUAAGUGUGCUAUUAGUCCCUUCGCUGAGUGUGGGGAACAGGGGCACCGGGAGUAGGGUUCUGACUCAUUAUAAGACAAUCAUCGUCAGAGGUAUGGGUCGCUGGAGUGCUGGAGGCUGUGCCCCCGUGGAUAGCCACAGUCAUUUGUUUGUUUUGACUUUGGGGCGGCUUGGCCUGGCUCGGCUGGUAUGGCGCGACGGAUUUGAAAAUUGGAAGGUGAAAGGUGCCCUCCCGUGAGAGGUAUGGCGGCACGAGUUCCAUUGGCUGGAGAUACGGUGUGCGAGACAAGGAACACAAACUUCGGGGCGGUUUGUGCCGUGGAGGGUGGAGCCCGUAUGGCUCGGCUCCGCUCGGACCCAGCUCGGCUCCGCUCGACCCCGCGAGGGCCACUACGCUCGGCUCUGCGCGGCUCGGCUCGGCACUGCUCGGCCUGGCGCUCAGUAUCAGCGAGUUCGCUGCCGUUCAUUCGUUGAAAGGCGACCGACGCGACACGAGGUCCACCCUGGACCUUCAUCUUUCUCUGCACGUGCUUACUUGCACUUGACGCGUUAUUUUGUCCGUCUCGACGGGAGCUUAAAAUAACUUUGAAGUGUUGUAUUGAACUCGCUGCAUUUUUCAGCGGUAGCAGUUUCUUUUGUACAGCAGCAGAGGGAACAUUAAAUUACGACUUAUGGCCUAUUAAAAUAUUUGGUAACGGAAGGGCGACACAGCACAGUGCCCUAUCAGAUUUGACAGCGCCACCGGUCGUCGACUCGCUGCGUCGCGAGAACCGUAGUCUUCGCAUCGUGCCCCAGCCGACAUUUACCCGGGAUCAUUUUUGUGACAUCUACUAUGGCCUCUGCAGAUGUAACACAAAAGCAAUCAAGAUACAUACACGCUAAACAAUACCCUAUUGGAACAGACACAUAUGUAGUCAUCGGGAAUGAACCUGGAAAUGGAUUUGACGUUUACUUUGAAAUUGUCAAUCAUGUUGGUCAGCGGUGCGCUCGAUGCACGCAUACUGAGGCCUUAAGUCUGCUGACUCUAAAUAUUAUAGAUGGGGCAAUUGAUUUCUUGUACAACCAUUCUGAUAAUCCAAACGCAGUAGUUGAUUUAGGAACACUUAUCGUUCCGAAAUUGUCUUACUCGUCUUACAAUACUUCAUGGCAAUUGUUUUUCCUUGACAAGCAGAGGCAAACAGAAGUUUGUAUUGAUGACGAAAUGUGGCGACGCCUUAAAAAACUCAGGCUUGUACUUUGUGCACAAAUAAAAUAUAACGUGUCACUUAGGGACACUUUCUUCCAUUAUGAUGAUGUUCUUAAGGCUAUUGCAAGGGAAAUGAAGGAAACAAAUAUAAAAUUUGCAUAUUAUGAUCGUAAAAGUAUUAUCACUAAUUUGUACCUCAAUAAAGUAGACAAGCUUGAUUAUAGAGAACAAGUAAUGUUGCUAGAACUACUAAGCUUUCAUAAAAAUACAUUGCUGUGGGACUUUAGAAUGUGUUUCGAGGCUGUUUGUAACGAAGAUGAUUGAUUUUGUAUGCACCUAACACAAUAAAAUAAACAUUUUUGAUAACAUGA